GAUACCUCCCCCGUCGAGAGAAUUUUCCACUGAGAACACCCUCCGCCGGGAAUGUCCCGGAGGGACAUCGGCGAAUCGUCGAUAAAAUAAGCGAUUCCCAUAAUGACACAAUGACAGUCCGCGCUAGAUCGCGCCAGAUCUCACGUCACAUGAUCUCAAUUACAAGACGGUGUUUUUAUUAAUGGACGCGCUCGUUCAUUCGGUUACAGGUCGUUCCGACAGUGAAUUUCUCAUUGUGGAGGGAAGCGAUCGACCCAGAAGACAUCGGCAUGUUACGAUCUCACCGAGCAAACAUCACGACACCAAUGGAAGUGACCACGUGACAAAAAUCGAAGUGGUGCUCGAGGAAGCACCGAAUGCUGUCAUUGUCGGGUCUAUGUCAUCGGAAUUGGAACCCACCACCGAACUCAAUUCCACGUUUCCCGAUGGGAUUCCAGGAACAGGUGCGGUAGUGGUCCGUGCUGAGGAGGCUCUGAUUGUCAUGCUCGUGUUGGUACUGUGGGUGGCUGCUAUUGCCUUGUUCUUCAAUCGAUGGGGCAAGAUCCGCAUGCUCGAGCCAUACCAACCGAAAUUUCAACAACAACACCGACAACAAAGCUGCAGCCUGGUCGACCCGAAUCAGCUUCAGAUCGUACGAGCCGACCGGCAGGAUUUGUCGUCAGAACGGAUCUCUUGUUCGCAGCACCACAGUUACUCGAAAUUCAACAUCCACUGCCUGGAGCAGCCGAUGCACCAGGCGAACUACGGCUGGGUGGCGUCCGGCGGCCCGACCGCCCGGCUGCGGCAGAACAGCGUGUUUGUGGGUUCGAGCGCGUCGUUGCUGCCGAUCGGCCGGGAGACGCCGCGACGCGCCAAGAGCGCGUUCGACCUGCAGUCGCUGGUGUUGGCGGAGGGCGUCGUCGCGUCUUCCCGCAAUAACAGCAGCAACAACGACGACGACGACGACGACGACGAUGACGAUGAGCGCGACGGCGAUACGCUGAGGACCCUGCGAUCAAUCGACGCGUCGCUGCAGCAGCAAGUGGCGCGGCCGCCACCUCUGCUGCAGCAACGCGAUCGCCGCUCCAGCGCCUACCAGUUCGACCGCAUGGACGUGUUGGCGAGACCCACGUUGCAGCGCGAACGCGGCAUGAGCAUCUGCCAUUUUGACCGGAUGGAUGUGUUGGCGCGGCCGACGUUGCUGCAGCAACGCGAGCGUGGCAUGAGCAUCUGCCACUUUGACCGGACGGACGUGUUGGCGCGACCGUUGUUGCAGCGCGACCGCGGCAUGAGCAUCUGCCACUUUGACCGCACGGACGUCUUGGCGAGACCCGUGCCGUUGCAGCAGCGCGACCGCGGCAACAGCAUCUGCCACUUCGACCGGAUGGAUGUACUGGCGAGGCCCACGCUACUGCCGUCCGGGAAGUCGCUGCUGCGCGAGAGGCGCGUCAGCGUGUGCAACUUCCUGGAGCGAAAGGACCACGAGGAGACUGGCAGCAGGGGGUUCCUGCAGCGCGACAAACGGCUGAGCGUCAGCAACGUCGACAAGAUCGAGACCUUGGGCAAGUCCUCGUCCAGAGACUUCCGCGGUAGCGUCAGCAACGUCGCGGACCGGCGAGACAGCGAAGCCAAACUCACCCGCGACAAGAACAACGGCUCGUCCGCCUAUCACUUCGAUCGUCCGUCCUGCAGCAAGACGCCCGACGUUGUGCACGGGUACAAGGCGACCUGCGUGUAAUCGCGCGAUCGUCGUCAACGGAAUCGUCACGUGUCGUAAGGGGAAAAUGUAGCUAUGGUCUAAAAGGAAUGUUCUAAAUGAAACAUUCUGCGAUUUCCACCGUUCCUCGCAUGAUAGAUACACGAGCAAAGCACAUGGCCGGCAUAUCCUUCGGGCCAACCAGACUCGGUCCUCUCUGAUACCGUGACAUUUCGACGCCUCGCUCCAGGAUUCACAAGUAAAAUCCGCGACUGAGGAGCAUCGCCGCGCGGUUUACUGCUUGGUUUCAACAGAAUCCUUGUCUCCGGUGCUCUAUCGCCUAUAUAUCCUCGCGGCUUUUCGGAACGUACCAUCCGGCUGAUCGCCCUUAAGCGAUCCUGCGCACUCCUCUUAUCGCGCGAGCCAAAGCGGUAUGUGAUAAGUAUCGUCUCUCUGGGAUCUUAGGGACGUCCCCGAAACGGUUUCUGCUUUCCCUUAUUUCCUGUCGACGCGAUAAACGCCGUUUGGGGCUCGCGACGUUUCGCGAUAUGUUUCCUGCGCGUGAAAUUAAGCAUCCUUCUUCGAGCGCGCGCGAUGAAAGCGGCGAGCCCGUCUUUCCCGCCGGAAUUUGUUAGCGUGCCGUCGAUACGGGAAUAUCGUUUCUCGUCUCCCACUUUUUUUGCUCCCUUCGUCCCGUUCAGCCACGGGGUAAAUGUAGGAACUACCGCGCGUCGAUUCGAACAACUCGGCUGUCUCAUGAAUGAUACAUGACGGGCGUUUCGACCAAUUCGCUGGGGAACAGCGGCGAAUUUGCUGUUCGUUACUCGACGGUUCGUUAACGAUGCAUUCGGGAGUUUUGAGCUGAACGACGAGGGCCACGGGGAAAAUGGUGGAAACACGCGGCGCGAAUGCACCUGUGCGCCGAUUUCCACGGUGAACGCAACCGAGCGCAAAUCACGAUCGAAUUCCGCGAUCGUAUCCUUCAAAUAUCUUGGAAUGUGACAUUUCGCUCGGAAAACGAAGUGAGAACCGCGUCGCUCGAAUUCGUAUGAUUUCCCGCUCAUGUAUUGUAAAUUCCUCACUCUGAAUCGAGUGAAUAUAUUUACUCGAAAUUGAAAAGUGGAUUGAAUCUAAUGGAUUGAAAUACUCGCUCAUACACGGAGAAAAUAUUGCGUUCAAAUUGUAUUUCGUUUUACAGUGCUUUUUGUAAAGCUGACAUUUUGUGGUGUGUGAAUUACUACGGAAAUAGUAAAUUUUUUACUACACGGAGAAAAUAUUGCAAUAAAAAUUACGAUGAAAUUAUAUUUUUUCCCCAAUAUUUUUCGUAAAACUGGGCCAUAAAUAAAACUAAAAUCGCAAUAUGAAUUAUUAUAGAAAUAGCAAGAAGGGCUUUCUUACUCAAACAGUUUGAAGUCAUCAGAUGUGCAUCUGCAUACAUUAUGCAGUUUUGAGAAUGCUACAAUGGCUAAUGGUGGACUUCCGCGCCACUCUAGAGGGUUCUGCUAAACAACAUUUUGUGAGAAAAUUUACAAUAAUAUAAAAGAACAUUCAAAUAAUAUUAGUUUUGUAAUAAAAAUCAAGUGUGAAAUGGAUCGAUUUUAGCUUAAAGGUGUGACGCAAUACAUAUAAUCUUGCGUUUUUUGAGUCACUAAAUAUAAAAUUAUAGCAUUUUCAUCCGUUUAAAAACUCGUGGAAAAAUAGUCAAAAUUUAUUUUUAAAAACUCGCGAAGUAAGCAAUUUUGAGAAUAUUACAAUGGUUGAUGAUGGAAUUCCACACCACUCGAGAGGGUGCUACUAAAUGAAGAACAUUUUUUAUGAAGAAAUUUACAAUAUAAAAGAACAUUUAUAUAAUAAUAUUAAUUUUGUAAUAAAAAGUCAAGAAUGAAUUUUUAAAGAAACAUAUAAUAAUUUCGGUCAUAAUUUUUAUACGGUUCAAGAUUACAAAGUUUUGUAAUCAUUACCAGUGAAGUGUAGGACAAUAUUUUCUUUGUGUAUGUGGAGUUAGAAUUCACUCUAAGCUUGAGCAAAACAUUUAUUCCUGCGAUCUCGAACGGCAAUAUCUUUGCUAUUGCUUCGAGUGAAGACACUAUCGCUUUUUACUCGUUAUCAGCGAAAUUGCAUUCCAAGAGAUUUAGAGAGCAAACUGGGCUGUCGUUUUCUUUCUCCAUUUAUUGAAGCGUUCUCAGACGGCCCGGGAGUUUUAAUUACGGUCUUCUCUCGAUAAUCGCGGUCUUACGAGCGAGAACGCGGUAUAACGGUUACCAGUUCUACGGGAGAGAAACCGAAAGCUUUAAAGAGCCGAUCGACCAAUUGACCUCUUCUCUUCGUCCCGUUUUCCUCUCCUCGCUCUCUUUCUCUAUCAUCUACUCUCGUAGACGUAAUUAUAAGCGGAGAGAUCCUCUCCCCUUUUUCUCUUUUCCUCUCUUAAUCUACUACUCCUUUACCUCCUUGCGAGACGCAAGCCGUCGUAGCGAACCGUAGGAAUUAGUCUAUUCUUCGGAGACGAGGUGUAGCACCGUGUAGCACCUCCUCCGACUCGUAGACGUAUAUGUACGGGCUCUCGCGAAUUGUCUGCACGCAAAAGCGGCGUGCAAAACCGGUGUGAGCGCGGCCGCACGCUCCGAGAUCGCUCUCGAAAUCUUGCAGAACUCGUCAAAAUGCAAUCGAGUACACGACAUCCACGCAUGACGAAAGAACGACACAUGCUCAGGGAUUAUUUAAAAGGUAAAAAAAGAAAGACAGAGAAAAAGCAAACCUUCUCUUCGGGAAAUAGUCGGCCUCCGCGCUUAGUGCGGAGUCAACCAGGACGCGCGCGUUCGGUUUUCCACACGCGAUUGAGCGUUGUUUGCAAAGCUCGUUAAUUUGGCGAACAUUCGAUUAGGUUGAUUCCUCGAUUAAUUGCGUGCUUCGAUCGAUUCGCCUCAAUUACGCGCGUUCAUUGCAGCCGCAUGGCAACGCGAAACUCAACGUUGCGCGUGUCGCGCGAUCGGCAAAAAGCUGCAUAGUCGUGCACAACUGGACUUUGGUCGCGUUUCUUUCGGUCUUGCGAGAAACAAAUGAAACGUCACGCAGUUCUCUCCUCGCAGUGUUACGCAGAGUAUCGUAAAGUACAAAAACGUUCGGUGAACCACACUGAGGGAGAAAUGCUUGAAAGUUCAUUUGUGGUGUGUAGAGUUUAUUUCUGUGACACAGACUUUUAUCUCACAAAUAAAUUUUCGAGUAUUUCUUUCCCCAGUAUAUUACUAUUCUAAAACUAUCGUUACGCAAUAGAGAGGUAAUUAUAUCAUCGCCGUCAUAUCUCCACGUAUAUACAGAGCGUCUGACGAUUAUUGACACGCCCGUUGUGCAGGUAGAACUCAUGAAACUAACUAAUACAAAGUUGCUCAAUCAUCUCACAAACAAUUACUUAAAACUUUGAGUAAUUAAAGAAGAUUGAUGAAAGGUCAUACGCGUUGGAUGAGCUGUGAUGGCGAUUUUUGCCGCCAUUGGUCCGCUUGUAUAUUAAGUCAAAUUGAACAAUAAAUUCCUCUAAAAUUCUGCAAAGAACCAUGUAGGUUAUUUUUUAUAGAUUAAGAAAAAUUGAUACAUUAUUGUGUACUAAAAUUCUUCAAUUAAUAACUAAAGAUCUACGUUAGAUAGGUCAUUUUCCAAAUAAUAGAAGUUUAGUUUGACUUAAUGUAAAGGAAACCGGGUCUGGCUAUCACACCUUUUACAUACUGAUUAAAAAAAGAUGUAUUUUAUAUUUUUUAUUUAUGCAAUAUUGUCCAUAUCUUCAUAUAAAUACAAGUAUUACAUAUAUUUAUACAUAAAAAAGUUGUUAAGUUAUAAGCACAAAGUCUGCAAAUGUGAUUAUCCACUCUAUAGUCAGAAUUGGUUGUCACAAAUCUUUCAUGUAAAGGAAACAAAUAAUUUCUGUUUUAAGGUUUUAAGUAUUUUUUUAAGUAUUUUUUAAAUACAAAAUUGCUCAAUAAUCUCAUAAACAAUCACUUAAAACUUUUUUUAGCAAUUUUAAUACUAAUUUUAGUAGUAAUUAUAUUUUUUAUCUUUCUCUUAAUAUCUUAUAUAAUCUAGAUACAAUUAUAGAAGAAAAUAAUUCUCAUAAACUUUGUAAUAAUAAUUUUGAGCUAUAUACAAGACCUUACGCAGAUUCAUUGUCGCAUGUAUACAUCAUUGCGUGUGUCUCCAUGCUCUUGUAUAAAUCACGUCGUAGUUACGUGACGGACUCGCAGUGCAACAACUUAAUCUCCCUUAAGUAAUCCCCUUUGAGUUAACUUAAUCGGACGGUCAUUUGGAAUAAAAGAGAUUAUAUUUGUAAAUUAUGUUGCAUUAAAUGUUAAUUAAGUGCAGGACAAAUUAGUCAAACAUUUCUUUAAUUAAAGAGAAAUUGCGGUCAGAAAUUUCCCAAACCAACGGAUUAAUAAAAAUAGGGACAAGAAAACAUUUACGCGUCGCGUUCAGUUUUGAAAAAAUAUUCGUAAGUACUAUAUACGAUGUGUCUGUCAUGAGCCAUUUCGUACACGCAGUUGAUAUGAUAUAAAUAACUUAUAGAGAAGAAUCUUAUACAGAAGAAUUCCUCCAUGUAAGAUAAUAAGCUUUGUGACAACUGACCCGUGUUGACUUCUAGAUCCGGUCUCUCCUACAAGUCUCUCCUCGCGAUGACGGACGUCGUCAUCACAAUUCAUCUACCAUGUCGCGUGUGACCAUUCAUCAAUCUUCUUGAAUUAAUAAUUUAAAAGUUUGCGUGCUCGUUUGCGAAAUGGUAGAGAAUUUUGUGGUUAGUUUGAUAAGUUCUACCUGCAUUCAACGGGUGUACCAAUAAUUGCCAGGCAUUCUGUAUAUAUCAGUUUUACGAUAUAACAAAAUGACAUAUUUUGAAUAACUCAUAGUUUUACUACAUAGCGCAUGCACACACACUCACACGCACGCGCAUACACACACACACACAUACACACACAAAAACACACACGCAUAUGAAAACGUAUACGCGCGCGCGCUAGUACGCGCGGCAACUGAUAUGUCUCACACAGAUAUUUUCAGAGAGCCUACAUAUUUUUAUCUAUCGAGUUGUAAGCAGUUAACUUAACGAGAUUACUCAUAGAGCUAGUCCCUUCGACGUUGAACGAUACACGUGGUGUGCACGUUCGGUGCUAGAAGGUUUCUAGAGGGUGAUUAAUAGUCGCAGAAGUAUUUGUGUAGCGCGUGCGAAAUGGAGGAGAUGACCUCAGCGAGUCGGCGUUAUAUCUCUUUCUAAGGGUUCUUGCUGAAAGAAAGUUAGACGAGAAGGAGGGGAUACCCCCCUCGGGAAGCCCCCGAGAGGACUUAACGAGGACGUUUGUUUAAUUUAUUCAAGACCACUGUGUCUGAUUUAUUCGAUCCUUGAAUGAAAAUUGCAACGGAAUCGUCAUAUGUGCGUAUCUUAGCUGAUGAAAAUGUCUAAUUCCACGGGAGCAAUUGGCCUUCGAUGAAGUGUGUAAUUAUUAUCGUGAGAUUUCUGCGCGCAAAGUGCGAAAGCGCGAAUUACCAGCGACUAUUAUCACUUUGUUCUUGCCUCGACAUGAUCGCACGGCUAUAAUCGAAGAGCUUGGCCCAAUAACAUACUAAACUAUGGAGAAACCAUGUACCUCACUUGCUAUAGUUAAUAUGUUAUUGUUCCGAACGGAUCAAUUGUAAUCACGAGAUGACAGUAUCGUCUUGUAUGAUAUAUUAUAAUAUCUCUCGUGACCACACAGAGCGCGAGCAUUUAUCUCUAUUAUCAAGUUUUAUCGAACUAUUACAACUAGCUCACUCUCAUGUCAGCUGUCGAAAUUCAUUAACAACGGGACCUUCUAAUUAGCGAGUAACGAGGCGUAGAAUAAUGAGAUAUAAAUACGUAGUCACUUUCAGACCAAAGAUAAGCUUUAAAUUUAAGACUAUUGUACGAUAUUAUGUGAGAGGCGUACUAUUAUAAACGAAGACUUAACUGGAUAAAGCAAACUCACAAAAACGGAAAGCUCUAUUCAAAAGCUUUAAAAGAGUUUUAAACACACACAGGUUCGCAUAUUAAUGGUCUCCGAAAUAUCUAGCUUUUUACUUCGUAAGCUGAAUUCUUUAAUAUGAUCGUAUUGUGGAAUGACUAAUAUCUUAGAGAGUUCAAAAUAUCAACAGCAAAUUGUCAAUUAAGUUAAUUUACAGAUACAUUUUAAAUUCAUUCAAAAUCUCAUUUUUCCUGUCUUUCCCUAAAUUAGUACCUUAUAUCGACUAACAAUCAAUCCACGCUUCACUAUUGUUCACACACUUUAAACUUUGGACUUUGUUCAAGUGUUUCUACACCACAGAUCAAUCCUCACUUCGAUUAAAGACGAUAUUUCCUUGUGUGGUGAUCUAAUUUUUCAUAUUAUUCUUCGAUUUGAGAAAGUAUAAGUAGACGUCUGCCAGAAGCGCGACAGUCUCACCACGGUCUUGGUUUCACGUCGGUACGAUGUCUACAAGCGGAAUACUAUCAGCGUUUCUGUCCGACCGCGUUUCUCGAUCGUGUCGACACUACCGAAGUCGACGACAGCAUCUGACACGCAUGAGUUAGGGUAGGUCGGCGUGCUGAUCGCGUAACGCGAUUAUAUUGUACACGCGACUUCAUGGAGAAGAUACUGAAGGAGAUGACAAAUUUCAAAAACGUCGAUAACGUAGAGACUAUCGCAUUUAUCGUACUGCAUCAUAUUUCUUGUAUAUUCGUGGUCGAAAAAGUUAUCUGGUAUUUCUUUUUUAUAAGUUUCGGAACCUGUCCGUCUUGUUCAAUGGGAGAAUUUAUUUUCCAAUAAAAGAGUUCUCUUAAUGGACAAGACGGAUAAGUUCCGAAACUUACAAGAAAAGCCAGGCGAUCUUUCCGACUACGAGUGUACAUAUAAAUCUUACAUAAAUAGGUCUGUUCUUUUUAGCUGACUGUCUGAAUUGGUGCACAUUAAUGUAAUAAGUUAGAGUGAGACAAGUAUAUUUUGUUUCACUCUAACUUACUGCACAGUCUGCACUAGUUCAAGCAGCUCAGCUAAAAAGAACAAACCUCUUGUACGCUGUUUUAUUUUAUCAUGUUAGCAGGAAACAUAACUACGCUUGUGUAGAAAGUUUUCUGCAAACUUUCCGUAUACUUCUGAGCUUAUCACAAUUCAAUUGUAAAAAUGUAGACAUGUUACUUGUAAUUUUCGUUAACGUAGCAAAUACACAUGUGAUGCAUACAGACCGUGCAGAACUUCUAUAUCAAGUAAAUAUUUACGCCAACUGACAGCUAGAGAAGUUAAUUUUCAAAUUUUUUAUCGAUUCCGUCAUAUAUUUAACAAUUUUACAAUUUCUAUUAAAUUCAAUUUAACUUUAACUUUUUAAUUUUAAUUUAAAACUUCAAUUCAUUAAAUUCAAUUCAACAUCAAUUUAUUAAAUUAAACAUUUAAUUAAAUUUUGCAGAAAAAAGUCAAUAUUUCGUCGGUAAAAUAUAUCAUUUCCUUAUAAUGCCCGGACACUUUUAAUCUAGCUCUGGAAUUACUAGAUAUUUUGGACUAGCCUUUCCACAUACACAUUUAUCAUGACUGUCGAGUGUUCGAGAAACGAUGUUCGGAAACAGUGACAGUUUGACAGUUUAGCUUGCGCAAAAUAAUGUUUUGUCCGCUCAUGCGUUACGGAUAAUCAGCAAGAAAGUGAUGCAUUACAGUGAAAGUAUAUAUCUGAGAAACCUGGAUAUUGGCAUAUAACAAUAGAUAAAUCUUCCAAGAACCGUUAUAAAAAGAAGAGAAUUUAGAAAGAUUUAGAAGGGAAUUGGGAGAGUAAGAGAGUAUAUCGCUCUCCUGCGUAAUUAAAAUUUAUUUUUUUACUUUACGACAUUACUUUAUGGACGCGAAGCGCGAUGGAGUUGGAAAUGUAUGUGGAGUUGGAACUCUCUCAUUGAGUUACCGAGACUUUAGACGUUUGUAAUUCGAAAACAGAUCGACAUAAGGUGAAAAUACAAAGGCCUGAACUAAUAACACUGGUAUCUACCGUUAAUAUUUAAUCUAUUAAUUAUAUAUCAUAAUAUUACUAUUAAUAUAUAGGAUUAAUAAAUAGUCGUAUAAUAAAUGGUGAUUUGAGGUAUGCAGAUAAAACAUAUUCAUUUAAUCAUUCCUUAUUUCAACAUUUAUUGUAGACUAUUUAUUAAUUAAUCGUCAGGGGAAAGAGAUAUUUUUUGGACAAUUUUACAAAUAUAUUCUAGCAAUCUCAAACGUUUUUUCAUCUAUACUUAUCUUUAUUUAGAAGUGGCAACUUUCGUCAGUAUGUCGUUCUUUACUUCUAACGUCACAAAUUUAACAUGGCCGCGGUGAGAUAGAAAGAGCUUUAAAUUAUACAAUACCUAACAGAUAUUGGUUUUAGCUUAGUGACAUGAAAUAAACAACGAAAUUCGCGCACGAUCUUGACUGCUACUAGUAUGUACUGUUUUCUUUCUUUUUAUCAUUUUCUUAUUGUCAAUUUGCAGAAUGAUUGUAGAUUUCACGUUGUGAUAGAGACGGAAAACCUUGUAUACGACACAUUCUCUCUCACUCACGGCAAAAAUUGGCAUUGAAUUAAAAUUGAAAUUAUUUGGAAUUCUUCUUCCACAUCCUUUCUUAAUUUCCGUCUUCCAUCGUGACGUAAUAACGAGAUCAACAUUAUAACUGUAUUACUGUAUCAAUACUAUUACUGAUCAAUAUUAUUUGAAGCGAGAACAUAGUCGGAACACGGCUCGUGAAAUGGAAAGCCGAUUAGUUUGCGGACCUGUGUUUUAUUGAAAUUUCCUCGUCUGCUUCUGCAAGUUCGAUCAGCCAGAGCUUAGUCUUCGGUUGUAAGUUCGAAACGCCCCGCACAGUACGGAUUACUCGUGAAUGUACAUUAAUUUCGCGACGUCAUGGCAACGUUCGUAUGUUAAACUCUUGACGACUUUUAGACUGUUUCAAUCAAAAGAACUUGAGCUCUAAGAAUAUAACACGUAUUUUUUCAUAGGCCGGUAAGUACUGAGGCAUGCAUUUCUUGCGUGUGCAUUUAUUUUUUGCACGAAAGUACAACGUGGCAUUUAUUUAUUUACUUGUUCAUUUGUUACAUCACUUGAUUGACGAAGAUCGUUGUACGUAUUAGAUUGGUGCGAAAGGUUUGCCGCGUAUUUACAAUAUAUAAAAUCAAAAGCGAAAUGAUCCAAUCUCGAAGGAUUAAUCACUCGAAAAAAUAUAAUCUCAUCCUUAGCGGAAUCCUCUUAUAUAUGAUUUCAAGAGAAUUCUUCUAAAACUAAACGAAAAUAUUUUAUCAUUCAGAGCAAACAAUUUUUUAAUGAAUAAAAGAUUACAUAAAUAAAUUUUUAAAUGAUACAUUAUAUAGAACAUGAAAAUGAACAUUGAUGCUAAUAACGGUUGAUAUUAUAUUAAGUGUUUACGAAGCGCCGUCCAAUCUCUAAUCCGAUCGAUCAAUUGUACUCAACCGUUACAGUUCAAAAAAUCCGACAAAACACGUCGUACAACACAUGUAAUCUUAGCUUAGAGAUCAGCUGCACGUCGUAAACACUCAGAGACUAUAUCGUUGUUUUGAUACGUGGAAAAUUGUAAAAAGGACAUAAAACGGUAAAAGAAUCAAUUUCAUCAUGUGUACAAAUUACAAUCGAUCUAUCGUGAUAUGUUCUUUCGUCAAUUCGAUGAAUAAGAGAGAGAAUAUAUAAAAACAAAACCUUCUAACUUGUAGAAUACUGUAAUUAGAAUAUUUUUCUUUUGCUUUUAGAAGAAUCUUCCUGAGUUCAUGUAACAGGAUUCUGUUAAAAAUAAGAUCUUUUUGUUGAGUAAUAAUUUUGACCAAAAAAUCUAAAAUUGGUUUUAAGAUUACAAAAAAUCAAACAAAAUUAUUAUGUGCAAUGUAAGAAAGCGUACAUCGACAAGCGUACUCAAUGCACAGCUUUUAUAGACUCUAAAUAAUUUGAUUUUUAAUAAUUUUUACGAAUAAAAAAAUUUUACCAAAAAAUAAAUAAUUUUUACGAAAAAAUAAAUAAUUUUUAUGAUUAAAUAAUUUAUUUAAAGAACAAAUAUCGCGCGCGCGACUCGAUAUACUUUCAAACACCUAACGAGAACUUUUCGUUUUCAUUCUGGCACUCAAACUUCUUACGAAAAUUUAAUUAAAAAAUGACAAAUUUUCCGCACCAAUUUAAUGCAUCAAUUUCGAAUAGCGAGAUUGCCAAAAAACAAUGUUAGUUCUACGGCGUUGGCUAUCGUUGAGACUGACGCCUCGAUUAUUUAACAAAUUUUGCGAGAAUAUCGGGCGUGUGUUCACACUAUUGGUUCUCUCAUUUUCUUUUCCCCUUCCUUUAUCUCGGCCCGCACACGCCCGAGGGUUCUGAAGGGUACAAUGUCAAAGCACCAUGUAUGAGUGAGAGCAGCAGCGUUAAGCUUUGGGCGUAUGAUGACGGAUGAUUAAGGAGAGCCUUUAUUCGUCGCGGAGAGCGAUCCGCGAACUGGAACGAAUGAUUCGGCGUAAGAGCGUUUAUUAUUUCAGUCAACGCUAACGAAUUUGCGUUAUGAUAUAGCCGGUAGCCGGUCUCUCUGUGGCGCGCGUUUGUCCCGUUCGCAAACUCGAGAUCCCGGAAACUCGGAUCAUGGCGACUAAACGACGCGCAUUUUCGAUGUUUUGUGUUAACGUAACGAUGCGUGCUCUCGACGUUGCAUCGAACGUUUGUAAACGCGGGACCCUCUCCCGCGGGGGGUUGCUUAAUCAAUAACGUAUCAGCCGACCGGCUCUUAUUUUUCGUCGUAUGCUGACGCGCGAUAUAAUAUCUGUUUACAUGAUUUCUGCGCGCUCUCUCUCUCUCUCUCUCUCUUUCUCUGUCUCGUGUAAUCUCUAGUUUAUAGGAAAUAAUUUUGUGAAUAUGUUAGCGGAUGACUUUUUUACAAUAAACAUUAUUUCAAAGGA